CGGGACGCCGGCGCGUCGCUGCCGACGGUCUCCAGGAGGGAGUGAGGAGGAGGAGGAAGAGGAGGAGGAAGAGGUGGGUGAGCUCCUCUGGCCUGGUGUGCAGCUGGUGGGAAGAGAGGAGCUGGUGGCCUUCCUCUUUUCCAUCUGUACCUCUGAAAGAACUUCACUGAGCGCAGUGCCUGGCAGGCAAAGCAGGUAUAUGCGGUGUGCAUAAAUCACUGGCCACAGGAAAAGAUGAGGGACCCUAUUUCACAUGAUGCCAGCUGGGAUGAAAUCUUGUUUGCCUGAGGUCACCAGAGAUGCAGGAUUGGAGCACAGGUGUCUUCUGACCACAAGAUGAUUCUCCUGAGGUGCUUCAGCACGAUCUCUAUUUAGGUUGAAGAAUGCUACUUCGGUCAGGAAAAUUGCACUUUGAAAUCUGUCCAUUGGACUGGAGCAGAUAGGAUGGAUUGGAAGAAGUACUGCUCACCACUGAGAUCCGUAGCCAAGAUUCCCAAGCUGCUUUGGUGUGAAGACCUGUGAAGCUGCACCACCUGGUAUUUUACUGCUCCCAGUUUUGAAUGCAGAGAGGGAAGAUGUUAAGAUCAUGAAUGAAGUAUGUCUGUUAACAUUUAGGCUGCACUUGUACUUGCAAGUGGACUGGCUUCAUGUGGCUGUAAAAGAGUGACAGACCUACGUGACAGCUGGGACCUACAGCAAAAUAGGAAGAGAUUUCAGACAAUCCUGAAGUACUUGGAAAAUGAGUGUCCUUCUCAUUGAACCCUUUUAUGGUGGCUCCCACAAGCAGCUGAUGGAUCUUCUCCAGGAAGAGCUACAAGAAGAUUGUGUCCUCUGCACACUCCCAGCCAAGAAGUGGCAUUGGAAGGCACGGACUUCUGCACUUUAUUUCAUGCAAACAGUGCCAACAGGUUCUAAUUACAGGAUCCUCUUUGCAAGCUCGGUGCUUAACCUGGCUGAACUCGCCGCCCUCCGCCCUGACCUUGGCAAAUUGAAAAAGGUCCUCUACUUCCAUGAGAACCAAUUGGCAUAUCCUGUCCAGAAAUGCCAGGAAAGGGAUUUUCAGUAUGGAUACAACCAGAUUCUUUCAUGUUUGGUUGCUGAUGUUGUGGUGUUCAACUCUGCUUUUAAUAUGGAAUCCUUUCUUAAAUCCAUUGGAAAAUUUAUGAAGCUGAUUCCUGACCACAGACCUAAGGAUUUGGAAAAAAUAAUCAGACCGAAGUGCCAAGUUCUUUAUUUUCCAGUCAGGUUUCCUGAUGUGAGCAGGUUCAUGCCAGAGCAUAAACUUGCACGUUUGGAAAAGGUAAUUGGUGUUAAAAGGAAUGGAGAUUCUUAUCAGUUGGAGGGGCUGCCUGGCCAGCAGGAGAGCAGAGCUGUAAUGAAAACCAGUGAUGCACAUCUUGAGUCUGGACUUUGUGAGCCCCAGCCUGGACUCUGCACCACACAGCACGAGGGGCUGCCCUCCCCACCAGCAGCCCCAGUCCAGGCUGAAGCACCAGAAAGUACAAAUCCUUGUCAAGGGGAAGAUAAGCCAUGUCUGACUUUUAACCUUUCUAAUAUCUUGAGUGGACUGGACUAUCAGCAAAGACCUCUGCACAUUGCCUGGCCUCACAGGUGGGAACAUGACAAAGAUCCUGAAACUUUCUUUAAAGUCCUGAUGAAGCUGAAAGAGCAGGAUCUGCCUUUCCAUGUGUCUGUCCUUGGAGAGACUUUCAGUGAAAUUCCAGAUAUCUUUUCAGAGGCCAGGGAAGUGUUGGGAUCGUCCGUCUUGCACUGGGGGUACUUGCCCAGCAAGGAUGACUAUUUCCGAGCUCUGUGCACGGCUGAUGUUGUCAUCUCCACAGCCAAACACGAAUUCUUUGGCGUGGCAAUGAUCGAGGCUGUGCAUUGUGGCUGUUACCCGCUGUGUCCCAAAGCCUUGGUGUACCCAGAGAUAUUCCCAGCUGAAUAUCUGUAUUCUACACCUGAACAGCUUUUAAAAAGGCUUCAGAAUUUCUGCAAGAGACCAGAUAUUGUAAGGAAACAUCUCUAUAAGGGCGAGACGGCCGGGUUUUCUUGGGCAGCGCUCGGCAGUAAAUUCAGGUCUCUGCUCGCAGCAGAACCGAGGGAAGAUUUGUGACAGAUGGGGCUAAGUCACAAACUUGCAGCCUCAGGCAGAAUUGUGGAAGUUUCCAGAGUGUGCCCAUAUUUACCUGAUCAGAGAGAAAAGAAAAUCUGCAGAGGAAGCCGAGCCUGGCUGCUUGUCAUAGCUGACACAGAGCCAUCUGCCACAAACCUGUGGCGGCUUCAGAUCUCCAAUCCCUGCCACCACCCCAGCUCAAAUUAAAUACAGAUUCUUAGAGACGUUAUGAUGGUUACACAUGUCCUCGGCAUCACAUGCAGGAGACUGUUCAAAAAAAAUAUGUGGCCUGUUGUGUAACCGCACUCAUGUAUCCCAUAUGUGGUGCCACAUUGAAUUUCCGGUUGAAUCUGUUUUUAUCCUUUGUACUGGAUGACAUGGUGCCUGAAUUCUUUCUUUUCGCCGACACGAUGGCAGCCAAGCUGCAGCUUCAAACGCUCACACUUGGCUGAGUUUCUACCUAGGUUGCCAGGUUAUCAUUGGAGCCUUAUUGUGUCCUCAAAGGGCCACAGGGCCUGAAAGGAGGAUCCGAAUGCUGCCGGACUAAUUGGGCAGCCAUCUCCGGGUUGUUGGGAGGCAAAGGGCUGCUUGAGCACUUCUCUCUCUUUUUCUUUUUUUUUUUUUUUUUUUUUUUUUUUUUUUUUUUUUUUAUUGCAAAUUAAUGACUCUCUGGCAAAGGGGUUUUUAAGUGAAGGUAUUAAUAAGGGGUCUGGCAGGUAAUCCCAUGAUUCGUGGAGUUACAUUUGCAUUUAAUUAAUCUUAAAGAAAGCUGAAAGAUAAACAGCUGUAAUUCAAACUAGCAUGGGAAAUAUGCUACAUGGUGCCAUCUAUCCGAUAAAAUGAAAGCCGAGACACUUGUUUUAUUUCUCUCAAGGAUGGAGAACAAACAGAUAACAAUCAAAAUACUUCCAAUAAAAACCAGUAGUUUAAAUGUAAUGGCAGUUCAUCAAGAAUCUUUGCAUCCAGUUGCAAAUACAGUCUUUUAAAGAUAAAUCACUUAUGAUUCCAGCAGUCAAGCCGCAAUAUUUGUUGAUGUAAAAUGUUUUGAAGAUGUAGAUUGUACAAUAAAUUUUUAAUAAAGUGCCCACUGCAAUUUUUAA